UUGAGGGAUUCUUACUUACGCUUUAAUUUGGCUUUGAUCUUCCUCUUCCGCAUUCUCAGAAGAAGAAAAAAACAACAUAAAUAUAUAUAUAUAUAUAAAAUAAAUAGUAUAUACCAAAUCUCCAAAAAGGCACCAACAACAGAUAUACCAUGCCUUCCUCUCAGACAGUAUGGAUGCUCAUUGCUUGGUCAUUGGGCCUCAUCGCUUUGGCCUUAAUUGGAACGUCGAUAGGAACUGACUAUUGGUACCAGUUCAGUAGCACCGGCAGCAACAAGAUGUCAAAAGUUACCAAUGUCGGUAUGUGGAGGACGUGCACGAAGGUAAAGGUUAGCGAUGGCUGGCACCAGAAAGAAUGUGAGAACGUUAUACUAUUCGGGGAAAGCGCUGAGCUCACAGAAAUCCAAGAAACAUUAUUGUAUAUCAACCGCUCCUUUGUGAUAUUCGUCUGUUUAAGCGCCUUCACCCAGUUCAUAUCUAAAGUUAUAUUCUUCUGUGCCGUUCCGGCAUGUUGCCACGUGAAGAAAAAAGUUAUUUUGUUCUUUAUUUUGUCCGUUUUGGAACUAAUGGCAGCUUUCUUGGGAAUUAUUGGCUGUAUCUGUUUCAUCGCCCUGGAGGAUCUGGGAAAAUACCAUACGUCAGAAGACAACGCAGAAUACCAGUGGUCAUUCAUGUUGGCAUGGAUAUCCAUUGGUUUGUGUUUCGUUGAGUCCUCCAUCUUGGUGAUCCUCGUCAAGGUCUGUUAUGAUGAAGUUUUUGAGAGCGGCAAGUUCGACUACUAUUCAAUGUGAGUGAUAACCGUUACAUUGCGAAGCAAAGGCGAGUGCACCGCAAAAACACCAGCGGCACAUUGGCACUGUAACACACUAUGGCACUCCUGGCACUUGACAAUAAUAUUAUCUUAAGAUUUCUUUUAUGGUUAUUGUAUUUAAUUAUGCUAUGUAAAUGAUGUUGGCGGUCAGAAAGGAAUCAAUAAAUGACUGUAAAAGUAAAAACCAUGACUGCCCCACCCCAAACUAACAAAACACUAUUGAUAACUAACUAACCUACUAAUAACAGAAACGAUCACCAACCACAAACCAUCAGACACCAACACAACCGUUCCACUUCUCCAUGACGUCUCCCACCACCACCACCACCACAGCAAAGACAACAUUAUCAUCACCACCACUGCCAUUACAUAAAAGAACUACAACACAGAAAACCACUGUCACAGUUGACUUAUUCACCAGUACCAAUGAAGCGUUGACAUUAUUCCCAUCACUGCAAAAAUCUCUCUUUCGUCAGUCACUUUUACACAGCACACGCGCGCGCGCACACAGACACGGACACAGACGGCCACACACAUACAUACACACAUACAUACACACAUACAUACACACAUACAUACACACAUACAUACACACAUACAUGCGAGUAUCAUCAUACAAUGUUAAAAUUUGCUCAAUGAAGACAAAAAAAAAUUUAAGCAAGACUUUCGUUCCCA